ACAGAUGACGGCUGGGACCAAGUACACAGUUGGAUCGAUAACUGUUCGCGCAAUCAUGCUACUUGUCGCGCUCGCCGUAUUCGAAUGAAAGAUAUUCCAGUUGAACAACGGCCGAAGCGAUUCCUUCGGGUAGGAGAGAUUGGUGCCGAUGCGGUAAUGCUAUGCGACACCAUCGGAGACGACUUGGACGAAUAUAUGACAUUGAGUCACUGCUGGGGAGGAGUCAAGCCCAUUCGUCUUCUUAAAGAAAAUUACUCCUGGUUCCUGAACGGCAUUGCACUUCAUGAGAUGCCAAAGACAUUCAGAGAUGCGAUUGAGGUAACUCGACGACUAGGGAUAUCAUUCCUUUGGAUCGACUCACUUUGCAUCGUUCAAGACUCAGCUGAGGACUGGGCCGAGGAAUCAAGCAAGAUGCAUCGAGUAUAUCGAAACUCGUAUCUUAACCUCGCUGCCGGGGCAUUGCCCGACAGCACCGGUGGUCUCUUCUACCGGUCACUAUCAGGUGUGCCUUGCCGGAUAACGGUUGGGUCAGGCAACCAAGAGAGGAUUGCGGGAUCCCACUUCGAGUACCCUCCGGGGCACGGUCUCAUUCUAUUCACUAGGGGCUGGGUGGUUCAGGAGCGGCUCCUGUCUACGCGUUUGCUCGUUUCUGGGCAGGAUGAGGUACACUGGGAUUGUUCUGAACUCCAAGCGAUUCUGAAACAACACAAAUACUGGCAAGACUUGGAGACCAAAACCGACCCAGGGCUUAUGGACACAUGGUUUGAAUUAAUUAACGAAUACUCAUUCAAGAAGUUGACCAACCAGGCGGAUAAACUCGUCGCCGUUGCAGGGUUAGCAGAGGACUUAGGCAGGAUCUGGGACGGCAGCAGCCAUUUCGCUGGAAUAUGGGCAUAUCGACUUCGCAGCGGUCUUCUAUGGGAGGUUCGUGAGCCAUUUACGCGGCGAACACUAAAUACGGCCCCCUCCUGGUCCUGGGCUUCGUUAGAGGGUGGUUUAAUGAUGACCAUCAACGAACACUGCGGGGGAUUGGUGGAGAUACUUGCGGUCGACAUGAAACCAGCAAUGUCAUCUCAGCCCUUUGGCUCCGUGACCGGUGGCACGAUACGAUUUCGGGGUCCAUUGACCAAGGCGACGUUUGUCAGG